AAGGCUGACGGCAUUUGUUAUAUCACGUGACCAGUCAUCUGUUGUCGUCAGCUAGUAGACUUUCCCCGUGAAAGUGUUAUCCCUGUGGCCAAGCCGGUGAAGUAAGCAUGAAGUAGUGGACGGUGGAGGGAGGUAAACAGACAGAAAGCUGAUGUUCUGGUGAGCAAGACCCCGCUGUCUGUCGCUGCCCCGCCACCUCACCACCUCGGCUCGGUCCCGUCCUGUUGCCCAAGCUGGAGAACUCAAGCCAGCCAGCAUUCCUGAGCUCCGCGACGCCUAAUUGACCAGUGGAUCACGCUUGAACUGACGUAUGUAAGGAGGAGGCGGAGAGAUAGAGAGACAGAUUCUACUGCGGCUUCCCGUGUUGCCGCGUGGCCACCUUGUGUGCCGCCCCCAGUGCCAUCCCCGCCUCCCGCUGUGCCACACUCCAAACUGAUCGCCUGGCAAUUGAAUAGACAUUUAUUGCCUUAAGUGAAGACGCCUACCUCAAGUUGUAAUAGGCGUAAAGUGGCCCCAGUAGUUCCCCCACCAUGAUUGUGGAGAGUCCAGACCUCCUGAAGCAGUGGCUCACCGGAUACCUGGCCCCGCUAUGUGAUGCUGAUCCAGAAGCCCUGGCCAAAUAUUGUCUUGCUCUAGUGAGGAAGGAUCGGCCUGUGUCAGAGUUGAAGGCCAGCAUGGUGGAACAACUUGAUGUGUUUCUGCAGUCAAAUACAAAGCCAUUUGUGGAUAAGUUCCUUCAAGUUACUACAAGCCGCUCUUAUAUACCAAAGCGUCUGGCACCUUCUGCCUCAUCAUCAUCAUCCUCAUCCUCUACUUCGUUUAACUUGGACUCCACAUCUGACACUGGCAUUCCACCCCUACCCCCAACUCCCAGUAAACAGUCCUCUGGCCACUCUCCAGACUCCACCACUCCUCCUAACAAUGUUCCCCAACCACCAGUACCUUCAUCCACAUCCACCCCACUCCCCACUCCUCCACUGCCACCACCAACUUCAACCACUGCCCCUCCACCUCCACCACCCCCUGAGGCUGUACCACCACCACCACCUCCAGCUUCUGUCAUUAUUCGAAAAGAGGAAGUGACUUCAUCCCAGCGUCUUCGGAAGCCUGAUACAAACUCAGCUUUAGAGAUAGCAAAGCAUAAAGAGCAAGACAGAAAGGAAAACUUGGACCGAGACAGGGAUGACAGAAGGGGAAGAAGGAGGUCCCCCUCAAGGAUGAGAUCUCGUUCAAGGUCCCGCUCAGGUUCAAGAAGUAGGGAUCGCUCUCGAAGGUCGCGAUCAAGGGGCCGUAAUGGGCGAAGCAAGUAUGAUGACAGGAGGAGGAGAUCACCUUUAUCCAAAAGGUAUAGGAGGUCACGCACUCGCUCACGUACGAGGAGUCCCAGGAGGUCCAGAAGUCCUCGUCGUUCCAGGUCUAGGGAGAGGAAGUCCAGAUCAAGGAAUAGGUCACGAUCUCCCAGCCCAAGGUCACGACCUCUGGUGCGUGGGAGGUCACCAGCCAUCCUGCCCAGAUCUCCAAGCCCAUCCAGAAAUAAGUCACUUCCCAGAGAUGAACCUAGAGAGAGUCCUCCAAAGACUUCACCUGUGGCUGAUGUGAAGAUAGAGCCGAGGAGUGACUCAAGUGCCAUGAUCCAGAGUGUAGUAGCCAAGCAUGCAGAGUUUCCUCUUCCUCCAACCACAAAGAAGCAGAGGUGUCGGGACUAUGAUGAGAAAGGAUAUUGCAUGCGAGGAGACAUGUGCUCCUUUGACCACGGCUCUGACCCUGUUGUGUUGGAGGGCAUCAGUGGCAUGCUGGAUUACCCUCCUCCUCCAGUGCCUCCUGGACCUCCAGGUGCCCCAGGGUACACCCCAGCACCUGCCCCAACUCAGGGAGUCCCACGCCCCAGACCACCUCUUCCAAGACCUCCACACUUUGCUGAAUACACACCAAGAGACCCAAGCAUGUGGGGCAGUCAACCUGAUCCUGUUCCUGGCACUUAUUAUGGAAGUGGACCAGACCGAGGGCCAGGCAGCCUCACUCACAGGUUCUCCACACCGCCGCCUCCUCUGCCGCCAAACACCCCCAGGGAGCUCAUCAGUGUGCCAGUUAACAAUGGGAAUCACAUCAUGGGUGGUGGUGGAGUUGGACCAUCCCUUGCCAGGCGCUUGGGGCCGGUGGUGUCAGCUGGUGGACACGGCCUGUCAGUGGCAGGCAAGGGUGUACGGCAAGAUCUAGAGAGCUGCACCCUAGAGCUGCGAAAGAUUCCUCCUGGCCUUAAUACAAUUGCCCAUCUGAAUGAUCAUUUUUCCAAGUUUGGCACUGUUGUAAACAUACAGGUCCACCAUGAGGGCAACCCUGAGAAUGCCCUGGUGACCUUCAAUAGCCACUCUGAAGCCAAUGCAGCGUAUCGGAGCACAGAGGCUGUCCUGAAUAACCGUUUCAUCAAGCUCUUCUGGCACAAUCCACAGAAUAAAAGUGACCGAACAGUCUCAUACAGCACCCAACCAAUGCGUCCUGUGCAUGACAGGCUGGGUGUCCGUCACCCAAACAAAACUCUGAACAAGACUGUAGUGGAGACCCCUGGUGAUGACAAGAAUGAGAAGGUCAUGAUGUCACGUGGCAGCCUAGUCAAGACAGUUUACAAUACCCAGGCCCUUCAAUCUGCUGCUGCUGUAUCUGCCAUAAAUACCCCAAGUUACCCAGCAGCAGCAGCAGGAACAACAGCAGCAGUAACAACAGCAGCAGUGGGAGUGGCAGGCAGUACAGCAGGAGCAGGGGCCCCACCUUCCCCUGGGUGUGGGCCACACUCCCUGCCAGCUGCUGCCCCUGGAGCUGUCACUCCCACCUCACCCCUGGGGGCACCUCCCUCUGUACCAGCUGUUGCUCCAGAAUUUUCACACACUGCCACCUCGCCCUCUGAUACUAAGAGACAGGAAAUAGAUGCCAUUAUGAAGCAGCGAGAACUUUUGGCUGCCGAGGUUGCUGCUAAGCACAAAGUUGAGAAACAAAAGGCUGAUGCAAUGAAGCUCAAAUCAGAAGUUGAACAGAGGAAGAAACAAUUGUUGGAUAAACAAAUGCAACAACUAAAGGUUCUUUUGAAAAAAGCAGAGACCAACAAGGCAACUAUGAAAGCUGAUGAGAAGAAACAGCUGUUAGAAACUAUCAAGUCCCUUCAAGGUGCUAUUGACUCUACACGGUCUGAACUGUCCAAUGUGGAGACACCCAAGAGCAAGGCACAGCUAGAUAAGGAAAUCCUUGACACAGAGCUGGAACUCUAUGCUGUCCAGGCAGAGAGCGGAGAUGCCAGCAAGCUGAGGAUGAGGCUGACCCAGCUGCGGGCACAGCAGCAGGCAGCAGGCUAUCCUCCUAGCCGCCCAUACAGGCAUAGCCCGUACAAUACAAGAGGUGGCCCCUAUGGAAGUGGUCGGGGCCGAGGGGCCGGCCGGGGUGGAGUGAGGGGCCGUGGUCGGACUGGGCGAGGCUAUAGUCACUCUUUUGCUUCUGUUGAUCGUCGCACAACAAAAAUCAAUGCUUCAGGAUUUGAGAGGGAGGACAAGGAUGAAGUUUUGGCUCAUUUUGCUACUCUGGGGAAAAUUACAAACUAUGUGUGGGAUGGACAAACACCAGCCAUCACCAUCCAGUACUCCACACGGCGGGAGGCAGAGAAAGCAAUGAACGAAGGACGCACGCUGGGCGAUCGCCUCCUCACCCUCACCUGGGCCUUUGAUGCUGCACUGCCCCUCACCUCCCAGACCCCAGCCACUGCCCCAACACCCUCACCCUCACAGCAGCCACAGUUGUCACCACACUCCUAUGCCAAUGUGACACCACAUUCCACCACCACACUCCUUUCACCGGACGAGACACUGGAGGAGAUAACUGAAGAAAUUGUGGAGGAGGUGGAAACAGAAGAAGGAGAUCAUGCAGUAUUGUUUGAAGAGGAAGAGGAAGAAGUGGAGGAGGAGGAAGAGGAAGUAAGGUCUUGGAGGAGGUAGAUAUGAGUAAGCUGGUGGUAAUUUGUACCCUAAGUCAAUGUGGUGAUUAUCAGAAGCCUACAUGAUUUGUGUGAAAAAAUGCUUCUCAAUGCGCUUUAGUCAUUUAACUUUAUAUGACAUGGAAGGUGUUGGUUUAUAUAUAAGAAACUUUAGGAAUGUGUUAGCACUAAGAUAAUUUGUUUGUCACUACCGUACGUUUCUACUGCCAGUGGGGCAACAGUUGAGUCAACAAUAGUAGGUUGUUGGAUGCUGCCAUUGAAUAUUAAUAAGCUGGUACUGACUGAAAAGUAAAUACACAUUCACAGAUUUAUUCAGAUUCUAAGUGUUUAGGUUUUAUCACAUUGUAUUUAGGAGUCAUGAACUUUUGAGAUAACUAUGUGCUCAGAUGAGGAUCAUUGUAGAUCAUUGUAGAGCACUGUGCACAGGAGUGGGUUAAGAGACUUACAAGUUAAUUAUCUCAUCAGAAGUUCAGAAUGAGAAGUUACAUUAUCUUCUUCAAAAGUUCAGAAUGAAAAGGUACAUUAUUGUUUGACAAGUUCAAAGCAAGAGGUUUGGUGUCCUUGUAGAAGUUCAGAAUUAGAGGUUGAUUAAUCUGAAAAGUUCAGAAGAUGGUCUUCAUCCUCUUGAAACUUUGGAAUGAGAUAUUGCAGAUAUCAGUUAGUUCUUGUCUCCCUUUUUUAUUUAUUUAUUUAUUUAUUUGAAUAUAUAUUUCUUUUUAUUUCCCUCAUACUUUCAUAUCACAUUUUUCAUCAUAAGUGGAGGAAGGAAUGCAUGCUUAUGGGCAUUAAUAUCAGUUGAUUAUUAAUUUAUAGCACUACAACAAGACCAGCAUAUUCAAGGAAAUUACAAAUUAGAUUGAUCCAUUGGUUACAGUUCAAAAGUACACAAAACAUAAUCUACUGUGGAUGUCUAAAUGUUGUGUUUGGUGUACAUCUGAGGGAAUGUGUUGGGAAGCUAUUGAAGGCUAUUGAGUAUAUGGAGGUGGUGUUUAAUAUGGCUAUGUUAAAUUGAUGGAAGUAUUUUUCAAUGUAAUUGGUUCCAUUAGCUCAUUGUGUAAGUUUUGAGUAACUCUACAUGAUACUGGCUGCUAUUGAGAGUUUGAAAGGUACUAACGUAACAGUACACCUCAUGAAGUGAUAUUUAUCUUAGGACUGUUCUUUAACUUUCUCCAUCUUACCUUGACUAAUUUUAACUGGCUCGGGUGGAAGUGAUUGGAGUUUUCAAUAGGAUCUUGACAAUGAUUUUGCAUCACAAAUGAUGCAUGAGAACCAGACCAUUAUUUUCUGUAUCCUUUGAAAAACUAUCCUGAGAGAGCUGAGUGUUUCAGAAUACAGUAUGUCUUAAUGUUUUACUGUUCAAACUAAAUCUUAUACCAUGAAUUCACUUAAUUUAAAGACUGAACUAAGAAUAAUUAAUGCAUGUCUUGUUUUGGAUUUUGCAUUAUCUUCAUUUCUUUUUAUGUUGAAAGAAAUGUCAGGGACUAAUAUUUUGUAUCACUUUCUGAAUGGUGAUUUAGAUAAUAAGGAUCCAGUGAUUUGUGAGAAUAGCAUAACUUUCUCCUUUAAAUGCUUCAAUUGACCUGUGAACAUGCACACAUCUCAUGCCUUUACUUACUAGCUCUUAUCGAGAUGUGUUACGUUGCAUAAGAAGUAUUUAAGUACAGUUGUCCUAAAUAGUGAUGUUACAUUUUAGAUAGAAACAAUUUAUAAACAACUACUUCAUCACAUCCUCAGAUCUUUGUCUUUGCAGAGGUCUUGAUAAAAGACUCAACUGGUUUUGCAAUUUGCAGGACAGCUGGUAUGGUAAUUUGCAGGACCUCUAAACAUGACUAUUUAGGCAGCUGUACAUCCUAUCAAGCAUUGAAUCUUUAUUGGACAUUCUAAAUUUGUAAAUUUGUCACAUGUAUUUGGAAGUAAGAGAUGCACGUUGUUAAGGGUAGUGGAAAUGAAGAAUUUUAUUGAAUGUGAUCUGAUAACUUCUAGAAAUUAUGGCUUGAAUAUAUAAUAUGUAAAUUUGUGAUCUUAGCUACAGCUGUUUAUUUUUUGCUAUUUAUAAUGCACUUUGAUAUUUCCCUGGCUGUUGUGUGCUUUGUUAAUUUUUUUUUGGUUUGUACUUCGGGUAAAUCUUUGGCAUAUUUUGAAAAAUUACCAUCAGUUCCUCAUUGUUUGAAUCAUGUUGAUGGUUGUUUAUGGUCACUGUGUUAUCUAAUAUUUAUAUUUAUUUAUUUAUUUUUUAUUUUUUUUAUGCAUAUUAUAUGAAAGUGAAGGACAUGAAAAUAUUGUACCCUGAAUAUUUUUUUUACUUUAAAGGCCAUUAACUGCUCUUGGUUACAUAUAUGCAAAACUUGUUUCUCCUUUUUUCCAGGGGCCAGUUAGAAAUAUUCCUUUGAUGAUCCAUGUUGUUACUUCUAUAAACAAACUGCCUGGCUUUGUUCAGUGAUCUUGGAAUUUUUGUACAGAUAAUUCCUUCAUUGUCAUGGACCACCUUGCUUUGCUGCUUUUUGAUGUUCAUGAUUUGGGUGACAUCAAAUUUUUCUCAACCUUUCUGUCUUUAAUACAAACACUAUAAUUCUGUAAAAGAAUUUAUUUAUCUGUAUGACCUGAAAAGGAGAAAAUGACUUCAUUUUUUUUAUGGUGAUGCUAUUUCCAUGCUAUGCUGCUGGUGUGUUAUGCAGUGGCAGGGCAGUAAUUGUUUUAGUUUGAUUAAUAACAGGUCAGAUGUGUUACCUUGAUUGUCCUAUCUCUACAUUUUACAACUUAACUCUGAGCUCUUUAGAAAGAACUGAUAUCAUUUGCAAUAUUUUAAGAAGAUAAACCAUCAGAAAUCUUCCUGUAUGUUUAGAUUAUUUUUACAAUAUUCUUAAAGGCAUAGAGUUAAAUUUUUUUUUAUCAAUUGCAACAUGUUUGUGCAGAAUAAUUGACCUGUCCCAUCCUCCUAAAUUCACAGCUCCUCAUUUGAUAUAGGAUUGUAAUUUUCACUUUUAGCAUUAUACAUUGAUUUGUAUUGUUGAUCAUUUUGCCUUCCAUCAUUGAGUCUGAAUAGUUGUGUACUGUUUCCUUGACAAUGUAAGAGAUAAGUGAAGUGUUUAUUAGUACUUAAGAGAUAUUUUAUAGUUGCCCCAUUAAGCUGGAGGUGCUGUAGGCUGUAUGGAUGAGCUACCUAUGUAAAAACUUAGUAGUUGUGGAUGUUAACAGAGUGGUUUUUUGUGAUAUGGAAUGGAACUAUUUAGCUGCCACAGUGUUAUGAAACUGGUGAUAUUACAAUAAGGAUCUAUAUCUUUUUCUAAUAUAUCAGUAGCAUUGGUUGAUUGGAGGCUUGUAAAUUUGAAAUUAUCAUUAUGGCAAGCAAGUACAGCAAACCAUUAAUAUAGUGAGGUAAUGGUGGGGAAGACCUGGUCACUAUUUAUGUUGGGUGUCACAGUGAGGCCCUUUAGCGAACCCAGGUUGUUAUAUAAGGCUAAUCAUUCUGUAAUAAAUAUCAAAAUAUCGUAAGUUAAAAUGGUGUAAGUGUGGAAAGACCACCAAUGCAUGCCCAAAAAACUUCUCUACCUUUCUGCCAUACUCAACAGAUGUCUGCCACAUAUAACAACCUCAAAGUGGGUAAGCCUUGAAGUGCUUUCUGUGUUUGCCAUUGCUGUACCGAGGUCUCACGUGGAGGGUUUACUGUCGGCUCACACCAGCGGUUCCAUUCUGUACAAUGUGUUGAGGUAGGAAGACUAUACAGGAUGUAGCAGUGGAAAGUUGUUGCUCAUGUUUACUUGUCAUUACUGUUGCGUACAAGUUAGAAGACCUUUCCUUUUGUCAAGUUUGUCUAGUGUAGAAAUGUAGUUAAGGUACAAUAAUUCUAAUGUAUUUCUUGAAGCAUGUAAUGAUUGAGAAAUGUCCAUUGAGAUGUUAUACUGCUGUACACACUUGUAUAUAAAUGCUUGUUUGUAUGACUGACUUAAAAAAAAAAAAAGAUAGAGAAAAAAGAUACUGUGGACCAAUAAAGACAAGAAAAAUGUGCAUGCAAAAAAUAUAUUUUUAAAGCAUGCUAAAUAAAGGUCCCUAAAAAAUGUGAUAUGGUUCAUUUGUGAUGCAUUGCAUAUAAAAAAAAAAGAUGAACCAAAAAAUUAUUAAAAAAAAGAAUUAAUA